AUCUGUGAGUGUGCUUUAAAACUGUAAAACAUAUUUCUCAGCAAUUGUACAUUCGAAACCAACAUCAUAAACACAUCAAGCGGUGAGUAGAAGCCAUCUCUCAGACAUGUCGUGGGCCACCCCACCCACGGAAAGCUCUCUCCGACUCGUUUUUAAAUCCUUGGCAAUCUGUCAGGAAUGAGUUCACACCAUAGUAGUAACGUAGGGUGUUACCCAAACACACCAUUCUCCACAUCUGGAAACAUCAACAACAUAAACAGCUACACUGGCCAUGAUGCAUUUUUUUCUUAAAAAACCAAAAAAAAAAAAAAAAAACUUUUUUUUUUUUUUUUCAUUUUUUAAACCUACAGUUAAAGCUGAGACGAAGUAAGACACGCUGUAUUUUUAGUGGUUAAAUAAAUAGUACUUGAGUUAGUCUCUCCUGUCUUUAUCCCUAUGUGCCAGUCAGGAACAUAAGAACUUUAAAAAGGCAGAGAGAAGUAAAUGAAUUUCAGCACACUUCUCUCUUACACUCUCACACACAAACACACAAUUUGUUUAGAAAUAUCAUGGAAAGAGCAGGACAGAUGCAGCCCGGGGAAAUGCCUUCAGUACUUCCCACCCAGUUCUCCGGAAUUCUGUUAAAAUGCCACAUUAAGCGCUUCCUCUCCAGCCAGGGCGUAAAUCAGAGUGAAAACAGAACACUAUCCUCGUCAUUUCACACGCAAAAACAUGCGGAACAAACACAUCUGCUUUCUUUUUUUUCCUGCAGCAUGUUUGGAUCCUUCCUCAUUCUCCGUGUCUGUCCAUGACUGCGUGUCUGCGUGUCUGUGUGUGUGUGUGUGUCUUUGACCAGAGACUCCGUCUACAUGGGAAAUGUGAAGGUGCAGCUGGAGCUUUGCCAAGGAGAAAGAGUAGCAUGCUGCUUCCGUGCUCCAGUCAGAAGAGAGCAGAAGGGCAUGGUCUCAGUCAGCCACUAAACAGAGGGACACACACACAUAUACACACUCACACACAGAGACACACAUGACUCUAUCUCUGUUGACUUGAGCCCAAAACCACAGGGGAACAAUUCCGUACGCCGACAGAGGCAGCAUUGAAGGACGAAGCAACAGAUGUAUCUGAAAGACUGGAGGAAUUAACCAGCAUGCUGGAGAACCGCAAGAACAAAAACUGUGACCGGUUCAAUCAAGUGAUCCUCUUCUGACCUGAUCUUACCCCACUCAUGGCGAGGAUGAAGAGGGAUCGCUUCCUGCUGGCUGCCACCUUCAUCAUCAUCCUGACAGUUGAUGUCUACUUUGUUCUUCUUCCCAGACUGAGAGCCUGGCAUGACUUGUCCAGGGGUGGCUGCAGCUGCAAUGGGGUUAACGGCAGCGCCGGCUUUACCGAGCAGGUUCCUCACAAAAGGACCAGGUUCGUAUCUCAGAAAGGAUCCAAGCUGAAGAGACUUUUUGCCCAUCCGCUGUACAAUAUUCAUCUGCCGGAGCUCACGCAGGAUGAGAGAUUGCUGGAAGAAGAAGAUCUCAUGGAAUAUUACAGGAGGAAAGUGACCCGCUGGGAGAGACAGCAGAAGUUCUACAUCGAGGCCGCAGCAGCGUCGAACGUCUCACUGCCUGAGCAACCUGUAAACUUCGAUCCUGAUGCUAGCUGGCUGAAAUUCCAUUUGGGGAUUAAUAGGUACGCACUGUACUCCAGAGACGACCAAAACAUCGAUAAGCUACUGCAAGACAUGCGGAGAGCCACGAUCAUCGGAGCAGAUUACACUCAAGAUGAAAAAGCUUUAAAGGGAACCUGUGAUUGCUCACAAGUGGUUAAGCCGAGCGGCCAUCAUCUGAAACUUGCACUGAAGUUGCAAGACUUUGGGAAAGCUAUGUUCAAGCCUAUGAGACAGGAACGCCAUGAAGAGACACCCGAGGACUUCUUUUAUUUUGUUGACUUCCAGAGACACAAUGCGGAAAUCGCUUCCUUCCAUCUGGACAGGGUCCUUGAUUUCCGGAGAGUUCCACCUGUGGUUGGGAGGCUCAUUAAUGUCACAGGCGAGGUGUUGUACACAACAUACAACGAGGAGCUGCGGAGUGUUUUCUUCACCUCGCCAGCCAACAAUACAUGCUUCUUUGCCAAGUGUCUGUACGUGUGUAAGACUGAAUAUGCGGUGUGUGGAAAUCCAGAUCUUCUGGAAGGAUCCAUGUCAGCCUAUCUGCCCGGAUUGAGUGUAGCGCCUCGCAUUUCCAUCCCCAGCCCCUGGAUCCGCUCUUAUACCUUCACUGGAAAAGAGGAUUGGGAAGUAAAUCCAUCAUACUGUGACAACAUCAAAAGACUAUAUCCUUACAGCUCUGGAAACAGACUACUGAAUAUCAUAGACAUGGCCAUAUUUGAUUUCCUGAUAGGAAACAUGGACCGGCACCACUAUGAAAUUUUUACCAGGUUUGGCGAUGAAGGUUUUCUGCUUCACCUGGACAAUGCGAGAGGGUUUGGCAGGCACUCCUAUGAUGAAAUGUCCAUUCUGGCACCUCUGACCCAGUGCUGCAUGAUCAAGCGCUCGACGUUGCUCAGGCUGCAGCUGUUGAUGCAAACAGAAUAUCGUCUCAGUGACGUGAUGAGAGAGUCUUUGGCUCGAGACCCACUGAGACCUAUUUUGACUGAACCCCACCUGCAGGCUCUUGAUCGGAGACUGGAGCGUGUGCUCAGAUCUGUGAGUAGGUGUGUGAAGAAGCUUGGGGAAGCCAAGGUGGUGGUCACAGAUUUCACGGAUGCCGUGAGUGGAGCUACAGAAGGGAAACGCAAAACGAGCAGGUGAUCGAUGCUGAUGAGAGAGAAUGAAUAAGUGGAAAACAUAAAGAAAGUUGUCAAAGACUUUGUUUGGGCCUCUAGUAGGUGUACACAGAGAGGCCAGGAUGUAGACAUGUGUGAUAAGGAACAAAGGGAUGAAGCCAAGGAAUAAUAGAAAAACACUGGAUCACCAACUCGUGGAUGUACCUCAUAUGCUCUGGCCUGUCCGAGGAAGAACUUUUAAUAUUUAAUUUCCUAACCGUCGAUAACCAAUAGGGAGAAAUGUGCACGUGCACCAGAGCGAUUUGUAGAUCUGCACAUUUCGUACCAAAUUGUUGCACGCUGGAUGCUUCACUGUCGGGGAAGUUGUUUUCAAAAUCGUAAAACUGACAGAUGACGCCAUGUUCCUGAGAAACGGCUGUGGGAUCUGUGGUGUACUCUUCAGGCAAACACAUGUUUGUAUGGAACGUUCGAACAUUCCACUGAUUAUCUGCCUCCUCUUUUUUUUCUGCAACAUUUUAAACAAACACUCAUUAGGGACAAAGAAAAAGACAGGACAGAGAGCAAGGAAGAGGUCGAUUUCUUCAGAGAAAAGUAUAUGCCAUUAAAAUGUUGGAAACAGAAUGGAUUUGUGGCUUUCGUUUCAGACGUCAAGCAAGCAUAUAAUCCUUGGCUGUCUCUUUGGUUCACAGUUUGCAGGCUUUCAAGUGGAAUCUCAAACCUGCCAGAAAAAAAAGAAAAGAAAAAAAAAAUCAUCCGAACUAUUUACAGACAACCCUUCCUUUGCCAAAACUUUGUUCCAACUUGUGGUAUGCAGUUUAUUGCAACACAAAUGUCAAAGGUAGAAGGCAGAAAGUAGUCUUUGGAACAGACUGCAGCAUGUUCCCAGUGACAACUAAAGUGCCUUUAAAAUAUAUACAUAUGUGAAACAGAUUUUCUCAAAGAGCAAAAAAAAAAAAAAAAGUAUCUGAGCUUGUUCAUGAAGAUUAAACAAAAAACUAUUUGGACUAAAAAGUUAAAUCAAUUAAAAUCUGUCGAAAAGUG